CAAUAAUAAAGUCUUGAUCACAUCUGUCAGCGGUUCUUCAUCAUUGUCUAUUAUUAAAAUUUGUACAAAUACAAAUUUUAUUUUCAGUAGUACAAAGUGUUACAUUUUUCGGCUAAUACUGAAUGUGACAGAACCAUGACUGAAGUCUGUGAAGAUGUUUUGGGUGUAUUGGAAGACGCUGUCCUUUUACAUGGAAAUGGGAACUUGGCUCAGUGUACCACAAAGCUAAAAGUAUUGCAGAAGCAAAUGAUGAGUGUUGACAGAUUUAAGCUGGAUGCAUCUGUAUUGUGGAACAUAUGUGGAAUAAUCAAAGGAGAGGUGGCUAAAUGGAACCAAGAAUCACAGAUUAAGCCCUCCACUGAGAGCCUCGCUACAGUGUCUUCUUCACUCUGCUGCUUGAGAAACACAUUCCCACACUGUUCUAGGACUCAACUCUUGGUGGCUGAAUCAACUGAUCUUCUGGAUCCCAUAAUGUCCUGUACUCAAUGGACAUUUAGAGAAGAGACAGAAGGUGAGCAGUCUCCAGAUAAUGGAAAUAUAACAGAUGGCAGCAUGAAUCACAGAACAGAGGCAGCAAAAGCAACAGAACAAGAUAUAGAGAAUAGCAGAGACUCAUACAGUGAAUGGAAGAAAGCACAUUCCACUUUAGCCUCAGCUUGUGUUACUUGUUUGGGAAAUAUUGUUGCUGCCAAUUCCACAACCAGAAAAAUAGUUUGGCCACGUGUGCUACCACUAUUACGGGAUCUGCUUGGAUAUCCUGAUUGGCAGGUGUCCCAGAUGGCUUCUAUGAUACUUCAUAACUGUCUUCUAGAGCUAAGCCUGAGAGAAGAGCUGUGCAAAAGCAGAGAAGUUGAUGUCAUCAUAGACAAGCUACUGUCUCUGUAUGUAAAUGAGAGUCAGUACUCCUGCUUUGUUCUAUUCUGUCUGGAGCUACUUCUGUCCAGCAAGGAUACAGUGAAAGUCUCUUGGCCAAUUCUCUCAGCAAAACAUCGGCUACUGUGCCUGGAUGUGCUGGUGGCUUUACUGAUAGACCCAAUACAUUCAAGAUGUGAAUCAUUGCCAGUCUCUACAGUCACUUUUCUAGUCAACAUCUUCAAGAGUGAAGCAGAUAAAAUUUUAUGCACACAUGCAGGCCAGCUUCCACUAGAUGAUUCUCAGGUUCUAGUGAGACUUGCAAACUUUGUGUGUUCAGCAGCUGCUUCAGAUGCUUGGAGACAUUUAUUGCAGCAAGACUUGAGUCUUCUCAUCACUACAGUUUAUUUGUUACAGUGUAUAACCGACAUUGGAAAGAUGGGAGGAAAUGCAUUCACGCCUCUGAACAGGUUCUCUGAUCUCAGUGAUGAGCAACAGAUGGCAAAUGCUGAAAAUCAUCCAGCUUUUGGCUUCAAGUGUGACCUCAUCAGACUCAUUGCCAGCCUGGUAUACAGGCACAAAGAUAAUCAAGAUCAGGUCCGAGAGAUUGGUGGUAUACUUCUAUUGUUGGAAAGUUCGCAGUUUGAUGCAAGGAAUCCAUUAAUAAAGGAGGUUUCAAUCUUUGCUGUACGUAAUCUUCUGGAGGGUAAUCUAGAGAAUCAGCUCUUGGUUAAAGGUUUAAAAUUAGAGGGCGUUGCAGAAAAUCCAGGAUUGCAGGAUCUUGGCCUGGAGGCAGUAUGUGAAGGAGAACGGAUCAGACUAGUACAAAGAUCCAAUUCUCCUCUCCUUGAUGAGGAUGCGGAGCUCUGAUCCACAUUUCAACAUCAUCUGGAGCAAGAUGAUCUGGAUGCUAGUAACAUUACACUUUAACCUUUCUUACUGCAAUAGUAUGUUCUGGGUUGUUAAUGAAAUAUGGAAUGUACAUAAUUUGUAAUAUAACUUGUAUUCCUCUAGCAAAUAAUUGAUAGUGAAUAUAUAAACUUAUUAUUUAAUAAGCUUCCAAGUGUAUUGCUAGCAGACUUUCAAAGACUCCCAUAAUGUAUUCUGCUGAAACUGUGAUAUUACACUGAACUCCUAGAUAAUACGUAAAGUCUUCAAUUAGCAAACACAUGAAAUUAUAAGGCACUUUGGUACCAAUUAAAGAUUUACAAUACUGGGUUGUAGUACAAAUCUGUAUGAAACAUAACCAUCUUUUGUACUAUUAUUUUCUGUACAAUAACUCACUGGAAACACGAGGACCACUAAUCAUAAUUUGAGGACCUGUUAAGAACAUAAGAAAGCAGGAGCACUGCAGCAGGCUUACUGAUCCAUGCUAGGCAGGUAAUAUAUUACAGACACUGCUGUUAAGAGUUAGAUAUGAAGGCCAUACGGAUUGUGUUUAUUUUAUAGUAUUGUCCUUCCAAUCGUGUGCUUGCUGAUGACUUGAGCUGUGGAAGUGGGAAGUACAGUGCCUGUGCUCAGAAGGAUGGAUGGGGAUGUUGCCAUCUGAUGGGCCAUUUGAAUGUGAUGUUCUGUCACUUCUGGCAAGACAGCUAUUGAAUGAAUGAUGGUGAAUAUGUUCCUUUCUCUGGGUCACUUUAUUUUGGUGGGAAGCUGCCUAUGCAGUAAAACAAAAAUAUUGAGCUAACAACCUAAAGUCAUCACAAGCUUUGCUGUAUACAUGUGGGCUACUGAGAAACUUUAUAGUCUAUUGAAUCACAUUUCUUGUUACCAGGAGCAUAAUAUUAACAUGCUGUCUUCACCACAAAGUGAUCUCCAGUUUAAUAUAAAACGUGUAGAUUACAGAACAGUAUAGUAUACAGUAUACACUAUACUACACUAUAUUAAGUAUACAGUACAGCACUAUAGUGCUGUACUGUAUACUUUAGUAAUAUACACAAUUUAUAGAUGUACUUCAAUUAACAUUGAAAAUAAAUUAAUUAAAGUACAACUUAUUCAGCUGAUUUUUUUUUCUGUUACUGUAUUUCAGCAGUUCAUUAUAUUCAGGGUUUACUGUAUACUAAAUGUACUUACCUAUUUGUGGUUACUGGGAUCAAAUCUUUGCUCCUGGCCCUGUGCAAUGAGUUGCUGCCUACAGAAAUGGCAAAGUUUGUUAAUUGUCAUUUAUUUGUAAUAAUUGUAACUGAUUUAAAAUAAUCUACUUUCAUUUUCUAUCACUCAACAGUGAAGCUCAAAACUCGUAAUUAUUACAAGUAUAAUUUAGAAAGCACAGCAAAAUGUCAAGACAGCUCAUGAAAGAACAAUGGACAAUGUGUUUCUUUCUUUAGGUUAGAAGGACCCCAGUGGUAAUAAGACACUUUGUCUAACUUUUUUGGGGGUUAUCCUGGGUAAUUUACACUAUGUAUGAUAAUUGUACUUAUAUGUACUUGUGCCUAAAUAAACUUACUUACCCUGCCUUGCUGAGAAAUGGUCGUUGUGGUAAAAAAAAAAAAAGAAAUAAAUACAAUACAUACAUUCAUUUAGUUGGAUAAAUCUCCAAUGCUGUGUAAUAAAUCUUAUGACAAACUUCAUGUUAACUAAUACAUGUACGUGUACAUGUAUUAAUAUAUUCCUGAGACAUUGUUCAUUUAAUUAAAAAAAUAAAAGAGGUUUGAG